AUGAGCCUUCGUCUCGUUGGGAGGGAUGUGGAGUACGAGAUUUUGCUGGUUGACGACAACAGCCCGGACGGCACGGCCGAUGUGUACCGGGAGCUGCAGGCGCUGUAUCCUGCCGUGGCGCUGAAGCUGCUUUCGCGCCCUGGGAAGCUUGGAUUGGGUUCAGCGUACAUGGAAGGCUUGCGCCACACCAGCUAUGAUUUCGUCCUGAUCCUAGACGCCGAUCUUUCUCACCACCCGAAGUAUAUCGCUGACAUGAUUCGCCUUCAACGCACCGGCAACUACGACAUUGUGAGCGGGACUCGUUACGCCAGUGGCGGUGGUGCUAGUGGUUGGGGCGCUCGUCGCGUUUUCAUCAGCAAAACUGCCAACUUCCUGGCACAGUUUUUGCUGAGGCCUCAGAUGUCUGACCUUACUGGCUCUUUCCGCCUCUAUCGCCGAUCUCUGUUUGAAUCCGUAUUGAAUAACGUUAAAGGUCGAGGGUACAUUUUCCAAAUGGAGAUUGCCAUUCGCGCUGAGAAGCAAUUCAACGCCCGCGUGGCGGAGGUCCCUAUUAUUUUCAUUGAACGCUUAUAUGGUGUAUCCAAGCUAGGCGUUCAGGAGGUGUUCGGUUAUCUUGCAGGCCUAUUCAAGCUCUUUUGGUCUUUGUGA